AUGUGGGAAGCUUCUUAUAUACCCUCCUUGUCAAAUACUCGGGAAAUUAAAAUGUUUCCUUGUGAAAUUUGUCGAGCCUUAACCACAGAAGUAGAAAAAUUAAUAAAAGAGGGCAAAAGUCAGGUUCUACAUGAUUUAGUCGAACUCUUAUGCGUUAUAAGCACCGAUCAGGAGAAAAACGAAAUUUGCGAAAAGGUUUUGAACGAAGCAGUAAAUAUAAUAAUUGAUCUCGUGAAGAACGGAGAAGAAUUAGCGCCGUUUUGUUACGCGGCUAUGUAUUGUCCAUCAUGA